AUGACGGAUGCUCUGCUUUCUUCCAUUGCCACCUUUCACACAAAGAAGAUUACAGUUACUGAUUCUACCAAGUACUCAUUCAAUGGUUCAACUCCUGAAUCGAUGUACCGGUGUGUUACAAACGAGAGCAAUGUCAUGGCAAGCUACAUAAAAACUUCUCCUAUAGGACCGAGGCAAUUAACUCCAGAGAUCCAGAGUGCGUUGGAUGCUGUUGAGAAACCAACCAAACAGGGGAAGAAACCGGAGCCAAAGAAAAGUGUAACCGAAGGUCCAUCAUCUCUUGCUGCAACGCCCAAAAAGUGUAAAUCUGAAAACGCAGUUCCUUCGGCUUCGAAAAAUAAAAAGGUAAAGAAGAUGGCAAGGAAAAUGAAGGAACCUUCGCCUACUAACUCAGAUCAAGUUCCUUCCCCUCAUGAUGAAGAGCAGUCCACUGAUGAGGAAGAGGAGGUUCACGAUGAAGGCUCAUCAAGGGGACACACACCUCCACGAUCUCCAACUGCUGAGGUACAAAUUCAUGUCUCUGUUCCUACUCCUCCUCCUUCUGUAAAUCAUACUACAAUACCAAUUUUUGUUGCUCCAAUUCCACCACCUGUCUCUUCUCAACCUACUACCACUGCUCCACUCCCACCUCCCAUCUUUUCUCAAGCUACAACAACCACUACAACCGACCCUCAGGAUAGUGUCAACGUAUCUGAUACGGGGGCACCUACCGAUGGCUACAAAACCCCUGUUACCACCAUACUAUAA